AUGGGCCAUGCACACAAGCUUGUGAUGGCGUACGUCUCUAUGCGCGGUAUCACCGGCUAUGGCCAUUAUCCUCGAGACGAUGCGCUGGAGCCGUUGGUGAAGGUCAUGUAUGAGCCGAGAGACACUCAGCAUUUCCACGAGACUUCACAUCAGUCAAGCUCUGGUCGUCUAAAGAACGAAGCCAAAGGCAAAUUCACCAAGGAUGAGUGGCAUGAGUGGUUCUGGAAGUUUGGCACAAUUCUCCCUUUACCGAGCCGUCAAAUCACUCCUUGUAUGCCUUGGCCAGAUUUCCUGCUUCCUUCGUUCAUGGCAAGCCAGGAUUCUUGAGAGAAUCUCACCAAGACCUCCAACAGGCUUGCCCGAAAGGAAAACUAAGGUGCCGCUGUCUGCUCCCCUUCAGUUACGGGAGCGGUCUACAAUGCCUAUGACCCUCCCGUCAGUGUCCCGGCCGGCCGUCGCAACUCACGGUGCGAUCUCAAGUUUGAGGGACAUCUAGACGGAAUUGGUCCUGGAGGUGUUCGGAUGGAGCAAGGAUACCGUCCGUGGCACAAAUAAAUUGGUAUCUCCCAGCAACUUGGCCCAAACAACACCAAACUCUAUGGCCACUGCCCGAAAGCUCGGCAAGCCCACUCUCUUUAUUACCAUAACCACGAACCCGAACAGGCCAGAGGUUCAACAAGAUUUCCCACCCACCAUACUU